AUGGAUCGUGACUCGCCCUUUGCAGAUCCAGAUCGCCCCGAACAGCCACUACCACCACCCUCAACGAGCAGCCUCAAGGCAUCCAUAUUCGAGCAAUCACGCAUCGUCCAUCCAUCCACCAGCUUGUAUCGAAGUACCAUCCGUCCUCGUCAGGAUGACAUUCGCGAAGAGUCGUAUCAUGAAAGUAUCCAGCCCAGCGUAGCUUCUUUGGCUGGAGCAUCAAGCAGCCAGCACCCGACCCAUGGCAGUCAUCCGCACAACGCCAAUGGUACCGGCAGCCAUCGCUCCCAUGCUCCCAUCCGAGAUCACGACGACGGCGGCGACGAUGAAGGCGAACAAGAUCCCGAAGAUCUUCUCUCUGAUGAAGAGCUCGGUCUCAUAGCUGGCGACUCUCGACGCUCCACCACAUCGACAUCUCGCGGGUCAAGCAGGUCACGCAAGCAGAAAACCAACCCGUCAGACCCUCGCUCACGGGCUUCCGCCGUCGGUGGUCUCAGUGCAAAGCAGAAAGCCCUCUGGAUGUGGGCCAACGUCGAUAACCUCGAUUCCUUCCUUCAAGAAGUCUACGCCUACUAUGUCGGUCGUGGCGCCAUCUGCAUUGCCCUAUCGCGCUCGCUCAAUCUGCUCACGGUGGCCUUUGUCAUCUCCUUCUCCACGUUCUUGUUCGGAUGCAUCGACUACUCUGCCAUCCGUCAUGACGGACAAUUAAGCGAUGUCAUUGUGGGACACUGCGUCGCAGGCUUCUCGCCUUUCGCCACAUUCAUCGUUGUCCUCUUGCUUGCAGCAGUCGGAUGGCAGGUGGUGCAGUUUGUGCUCGGACUAUCGAGACUCCGAGCCAUGCACCGCUUCUACGAGCAACUUCUAGGCAUUCCUGAUGCUGAUGUGCAGUCGAUCCCAUGGCAUGAAGUGGUGAACCGCAUCUCAGCUCUGCGCGAACAGCAUCCGAACACCUCACUCAGCUCCGCCGACGAGAUCGAGCUGGGUGAUCGCGCGUCUGCGUUACGACCUUCUCAACAGCAAAGGCUGGACGCACACGACGUCGCCAAUCGACUCAUGCGACAGGAGAACUAUCUCAUCGCCCUUUUCAACGAAAACAUCCUCGACCUCUCCGUGCCCGGCCUUCGCAACAGGAGUCCGGCAUUGACGCGGAGCCUGGAGUGGAAUCUCAACUUCUGCCUGCUUGGCUUCCUUUUCGACUCGAAUGGACAGGUGCGACAUCAAUUCCUCUCGGAGCGAUACCGCGCAGACCUGAUCGAAGGACUGCGACGACGAUUCCUUUUCAUGGCAGUGGUCAAUGCCAUCUUUGCGCCCUUCAUCGUGCUGUACCUGCUGGUGUACUCCUUCUUCCGCUAUUUUGAAGAGUACCACAAAGACCCUUCCAAUUUGGGUUCACGGCAGUACACGCAAUACGCACGAUGGAAGUUCCGCGAGUUCAACGAGCUGCCGCAUCUCUUCCGAAGGCGAUGCCAUACAUCGUACGCGCCUGCGUCCAAGUACAUCGACCAAUUCCCAAAGGAGAAGACGGCGAUCGUAGCACGCUUCGUAGCGUUCGUCGCCGGCUCCUUCACAGCAGUGCUCAUCCUGGCCUCGGUGAUCGAUCCGGAUCUCUUCGUUCACUUCAACAUCACCCCGCAGCGCAAUGUGCUCUUCUACAUUGGAGUGUUCGGUGCGAUCCUUGCGGCAUCACGAGGGAUGAUACCAGACGAGCAUCUGGUCUUCGAACCAGAAGCGAUGCUUCGAGAGGUGAUCCAACACACGCACUACUUGCCCGAAGACUGGAAGGGGCGCUUCCAUUCGGCUCAGGUGCAUCAGGCCUUCGGGCAGCUGUACACGCUCAAGAUCUACAUCUUCUUCCAGGAGCUGCUGAGCGUGGUGACGACACCUUUUGUGUUGUGGCUCUCGCUGCCCUCAUGCGCGCCGGAUUUGAUCGACUUCUUGCGCAAGUACACCAUCCACAUUGACGGGCUUGGACACGUGUGUUCGUUUGCGGUGUUCGACUUUGCCAGACAGCCAACGGCGAGUACGAUGGGCGGAGCAGCAGCGAGGGGGAUCCAUCAGACGGGGAAGAGCGGCGGAAGGAGGAAGGAUCGAGCACUGCGGAACGGGAUGCGGGAGGGAAAGAUGGAGCAGAGCAUCCUCGGGUUCAGGGCGAACCAUCCGGAUUGGGAUCCGGCAGCGCAUGCGAGCACAGCAUCCAUCCAUCGUGGUGAAGAUGGCUUGAGAAGCGGAGAUGCACCUGUUGCCUCGUCGCAGUUGCAAGGAUACGGCAACGGGCUCGCCAAGUCAGAGACCCCGACUACGACCGCUGGUGGGGGAGCCAAGGUCAAGGACUUGAUCGAUCACAUCUAUCGGGGCAGUGGAGCGGCUGCUGGAGGUGGCAGCAGGUGGUGA